UGAGUGGAGCAGGAACAAUUUUAGGGUAAAAGAUGCGACCAUACAUAUAACACAGUCAGAUGGAAAUGCAUUGAUUCCUUCAGACCAGCUUCUGGGCAAAUUUAAUCUGGGUUAGCACUGGUUGUAGGAUUUUCCUGAGGGGAUUUUCUCCCUCUCUGGCUGGCUCUAGGGCCUGCCUUGCCCCUCCUCCCCCUUCCUCUGCUCCCUAAACCUGGUUUCCUACACCAGUAUAUAUUAUAUACUAAUAUAAUAUAUAUUAAAAGAAAUCCAAGUCUUACUUUGAAUGCACACACUUAGUCUCAACUAGGGAAUCAACAGAAGCAGGAGCGAUUUUUUUCCCCCUUCUUGACAUCUAGCUUCCGAUUGGCUCCGAGGGGGUCAGCUGACUUUGUCAUUUUGUCUGUCCUGGAUUGGAGCCGUCCCUAUAACCAUCUAGUUCCGAGUACAAACUGGAGACAGAAAUAAAUAUUAAAGAAAUCAUAGCCCGACCAGGUAAAGGCGAAGGGAUGAAUUCCUAUUUCACUAACCCGUCCUUAUCGUGCCAUCUCGCCGGGGGUCAGGACGUUCUCCCCAACGUCGCCCUCAAUUCCACCGCCUAUGAUCCAGUGAGACAUUUCUCGACCUAUGGAGCGGCGGUGGCACAGAACCGGAUCUACUCGUCUCCCUUUUAUUCGCCACAAGAGAAUGUCGUGUUCAGUUCGAGCCGGGGGCCGUAUGACUAUGGAUCUAAUUCCUUUUACCAGGAAAAAGACAUGCUCUCAAAUUGCAGGCAGAACACCUUAGCACACAACACACAGACCUCAAUGGCCCAGGACUUUAGCUCUGAGCAAAGCAGGACUGCUCCCCAAGACCAGAAAACCAGUAUCCAGAUCUAUCCCUGGAUGCAGCGAAUGAAUUCGCACAGUGUUUGCUUUGUGUCCGGAUCUCUAGGGGUCGGCUAUGGGGCGGAUAGGAGACGCGGCCGGCAGAUCUACUCUCGAUACCAGACCUUGGAGCUGGAAAAAGAAUUUCACUUCAACCGUUACCUAACCCGGCGCCGGCGGAUCGAGAUCGCCAAUGCGCUCUGCCUGACCGAGAGACAGAUCAAAAUUUGGUUCCAGAACCGCCGGAUGAAAUGGAAAAAGGAGUCUAAUCUCACUUCCACGCUGUCGGGGGGCGGCGGAGGGGCCGCAGCCGAUAGCCUAGGCGGCAAGGAGGAGAAGCGGGAAGAGACAGAAGAAGAAAAACAGAAAGAGUGAAAACUGUCUCGCCUCCCCCAAACCCCCCCCCCCACUCCCCAGUUCACUCCUCUCCUCUUCCUCCCCAGACCUUCUGCUCUCCUCCUUUCUCACAUACCCUAUAUUUAUCACUGGCACAAUUUAUAUUUUGACUCCCUCAGGAAGACUAGGGAGUCAAAUGUGGACCUUCAAGUCAGAUCUCGCCCUGCUCCCUCUCCCCAAACACCCCCCUCCUCCUCCUUCCCUUGCCUCCCUCCCUCCUUUCCUUUCCUUUCUUCGGCCUCCUCUCCCUUCACCUCCCUGAUCCCGCCGGCCUUGGGGGCCUAGGUCUCUGAACCUCUAUUCGGACACCAUUGGGCUCACUUUGAAUGAGGACUGGAUCUUCCGCCCUCCUGCACCCCAAGCCCCACUCCAAGGCCCAGCAGCAAAGAGCCGACCCACAAGGCGCCUAUUUCCUACUCCGCAUCCCCAGGGGCGAGAGGGGCUCUAAAAGCGAGUGAGUCAGCGAGGCCUUGCCUUAGCGAUACUGCUAGGGUCUUAAGCAACCCAUGGGGGCUGCUGGAGUGGGCAGAAAGCUUCCUCCCUCUUUCAAGCCCCGCCGGUCCCAGUUCCAAUCCCAGUACCCCAGCUCAGUCCCCCCGAAGCUCCGACAUAUUUUCCAACAUAGCCCAAUCCUAUUUAAAGAAUCCUUGGGGGUCAUUAUGGCAUAUAACAAACUGUGACAGUUUCUGUGUGAAUAUUUUUAGCUGUAUUUGUGGUCUCUGUAUUUAUAUUUAUGUUUAGCGCCGUCAAUGUUUCAAUCCCAAAUUAAAAAAAAAAAAGGUGUGUGGGGGGGGACU